UGACGGGAAAUGUAAAAAUGUCUGUGAUACUUCCUUUAGGUUGGGUCAGUGAGGAUAUUGUAUUCCUUUUAUCAAUGGAAAAUUUAUCAAUCGAAGUUGUCGUAAGGUUGUCGAAACAAAUUAAUAGCAGCUAUUACAAAUUAAAGCAUACUUUUUCAAGUAAUUUUGCAACAAAAAUGAUAAAUUUUCCAACAAGCGCAAAAUUUAAUCCUGUCUUAAAAUAAAAGUGGGAAAAUAUGCAGAAAUGCAGUCCAGUUCACAAUCGGUCAGUAGCGUUGCUAUUAACAGGAGGCUCCGUUUCGUCUUCAGGGGUCAUUUAUAAAUUUAUAUUAAGUUUACAGACAGUGGCUUUUUACAAAAGUUCUGGAGCAUUUAUAUCAUAUACCAAAAAACUUGAAAGCUAAGAAUACAUUGUAUGUGCAGUGCCAGAGAUUUUUCAGAAUAUCCAUGAUUUGAAUGCUUAAUUUAUUGAUAACACCUACAGCAGUAGCCAUGGUGAUAUGGCCGAAUUUAACCCUCGGGUGAUGGUCGGUCAAGUUCGGAAAAACAAAUAAUUAAAUAAUUAGUACUCUUACAACUCAGGCGUUGCAUGAGCUGCUGUCGAUAUCGAGUAAUUUUUUUGUAGCAGAGGUUUUUCUUACGUUUUCGCAACCAUCUAUCUCGAAAUUUGAAAAUGAUCAAGGAAGAGACAGAUGACUACAUAAUUCGAGCGAGGGGUCUGCCAUGGUCUGCUACGAAACAAGAUAUCGAAAAGUUUUUCUCUGGCUCCGAGAUUACUGGAGGCGCUGAAAACGGUAUUCACUUUACUUAUUCACACGACGGCCGUCCUAGUGGGGAGUGUUUUGUUGAGUUCACUUCUCCGGGUGACUAUGAAAGGGCUCUUGCAAAGAACAAGGAACACAUGGGAAAGAGAUAUGUUGAGGUGUUUGAAGCAAAACGAAAUGAGAUGGAGUGGGCUUGUAAACGAGAACAAGGAAACAUGGACGAUCAUGACAACAGAGUCGUUCGACUCAGAGGUUUACCAUACGGAUGCUCCAAAGAGGAGGUGGCUAAUUUUUUCAAAGGAUUGGAGAUAGCACCCAAUGGGAUAACGAUUGCCUUAGAUGAAGAAGGGAAGAUCACGGGGGAUGCUUAUGUGGAGUUUGCAUCUGCGGACAUUGCUAGUCAAGCGAUGAACAAACACAAGGAAAAGAUUGGGCACAGGUAUAUUGAGAUCUUUCACAGCACAAUUCAGGAGGCUCGUUCUGCCAUGAUGCCCAGGCCGCGGCCUUUAAUGGCUGCCCGAUUUGGACCAUAUGAUCGAAAAGGCUUUGGAGGAGGUGGUCCUGGGUUUGGGGGUCGUGCUAGUGGUUUUGAAAGAAGGUAUCGUGGUGGGGGAAGAGGAGGAUAUAGUGGAAUGCGAAGUGGUAGAGAUGAUUCUGGAGGGUUUGGGAGGAGUAGUGGUGGGUUUGGGUCUAGUAGUGGUUCAGGGGGAGGAUUAUCCAAAAGUACAACUGGCCACUGUAUUCACAUGAGAGGUUUGCCAUUCUCAGCGACAGAAAAUGAUGUGAAGCAAUGGUUUAUGCCUUUGAAUCCUGUAAAUGUGAGGAUGGAGUUUGAAAUUAGUGGCUCUGGUCAAAGGAGGUCACGCGGAGAGGCUGAUGUAGAUUUUGCUACAGAAGCUGAUGCUAAAGCUGCAAUGGCUAAAGACAAACAGAAUAUGGGACAUCGUUAUAUUGAGUUGUUCUUAAGAUCUGAAUUUAAUGGUGGGACUAGUGGUGGUGGUGACUGGAGCACUGGAGACCAGCCUUUCUUCUCAGGCAAUGGGAUGAAUUUUUCAAAUCAUAGUGGAGUGUUUGGCAACAAUGGAAAUUCGUCAGCUGGAGGGUUCAACCCUACACCUGGUGCUGGUGGUUACAAUAGUGGUGGGUAUGGUGGAUCUUCUAAUAACUAUGGUGGCUCAAAUACCAGCUAUGGUGGAGGGUACGGUGGUUCACAAAGCAGUGGAAUGGUGGGCAACACAGGAUUUUUUGGGAUCACAGGUGGUCAGCAAGGUGGGCAGAGUGCAGCAAUGAUGGGUUCUGGCAUGUUUGGUGGUCAACAGGGGGGGAUAAAUAGCCAAACUGCAGGUGCUUAUAAUGCAGGAGGUGCAUCUGCAGGAGCAUUCUCUUCCACUGCAUCUGGUGCAUUUAACUCAUCAUCUAACUACUAUGGACAAAAUACCAAGACUGGGAUGGUCUCUUAUCCUUCUCAAUAUUAAUUAUGAAAAACCAUGUUGUAAAUAACUUUAAAUCGUGUUUGUAUUUACUUUUGAAAUAUACUUUCUUUGAUGAUUUGCAAAA